AUGGCUCAAACCUCAGGUUCAGGAGAGAGUAACCUUAAGGAAGCAAAUGCCAUCACCACUCGAUCUGGGAAGGUUAUAGAACCAAUUUCAAAACCUAGGGAAAAUGAAAAGGAGUCUAGUGAGUCUGAAGAAAGUAGCCCUAAUGAUGAGGCAGUAGGAAAUCCAUCGAGGGUACCUUUUCCACAAGCCCUUAAGCUUAGCCCAAAAUCAGUCAAUCAACACAGUGAGAUCCUAGAACACCUUAGGCAAGUAAAAAUCAAUCUUCCACUCUUGCAUGUAAUUUCACAAGUUCCUACAUAUGCGAAAGUCCUUAAGGACUUGUGCACUAUGAAGAGGAAACACAUUGUCAAGAAGACUGCCUUCUUGACCGAACAAGUGAGUGCUGUGAUUGAACAAAGGAUCCCACCGAAAUAUAAGGACCCUGGCUGUCCAAUUGUUUCCUGUGUCAUCGGGAACCAUGAGUUUGCAAAAGCUCUCCUUGAUCUAGGAGCCAGUGUUAAUCUCAUGCCCCAUUCCAUAUACUUACUAUUAGGUCUUGGUGAAAUUAAACCCACUUCUGUGGUUCUACAACUAGUUGAUAGAUCCACUAUAAGACCUAGGGGAGUAGUUGAAGAUGUGUUGGUUCAAAUUGAUAAAUUCUACUACCCCGUUGAUUUCUUAGUCUUGGAUGUGAAGGUUGAUGUUAAUGUUGAUUCUAAAAUUCCUAUUAUUCUUGGUAGACCUUUCCUCGCCACAGCAAACGCCCUUAUAAAUUGCAGGAAUGGUAUAAUGAAAUUGUCUUUUGGGAAUAUGACUCAAGAAGUCAACAUUUUCAACAUUGCUAAGCAACCAAUGGAAAGUGAUGAGUGCCACCACACACAUAUGAUUGAGGCACUCACUCAGGAGGAGGCACUUGAGACUACAAAUUCUGACCCCUUAAAUCUUUUUCUUUUGAAUUCUGCAAUUCCAGACUAUGGGACAUCACCAUUGCAACCCAAGUUUGAAGAAUUGCCAGAAAGGAUGGGCGGCCAGCAACCAUCAAGCAUUGAGAGCCCCAAACCAGAUUUGAAAUCCUACCCUCAGGAUUGA